ACCAAAAGAGCUCAUGUAUCAAAAAGAUGAAAGACAAAACACUCCCUUUCAUUAUGCAACAUACGCUGGUUUCUUGGGAGGUGUUCAUAUCAUGUCAAAAUAUUCUUCUCCCUUUUUUGCUUUUCAGCAAAACUUAGACGGCAAUCUUCCGAUCCACCCGCCUGCGAAAAGGGCCAUGUUCAAGUGGUAAAAAAUCUGCUUGAAAUUCCGUGGUCUGAUGCUGGAUUUUGCCUGAAUAAUGAAGGACAAAACAUUCUUCACGUUGCAGCAAUCAAGGGACACACAAAUGUGAUAAAAUGCUUACUGGAAAAUCCUAAGAUUCAUCCUCACACUGUCAAUGAGAGAGACUUGUAUGGAGAUACCCCGCUGCACCUGGCUUCAAAAAACCUACGUCUUUGGACUCUGCUCCUUCUUUCACAAGACAAACAUAUCAAUGCGAAUCUGGUCAAUAAUGAAGGUUUAACAGCACGAGACGUUGUUUGGAUACGAUGUAAAACUCCAAUGACACGUCAAGAGUUCUUAGCGGAUGUGAUUUUAAGAAGAGCUGGGGUGCUGCUCAAGGCAAAUAUGCUAGGUGUGCCCCGGGAAGUAUCAGCCAAUGAAGAUUGGAAAGUGAAAGACGCAGCUGAAACACUCAUACUUGUGGCCAUAUUGAUAGCUACAGUGACAUUUGCAGCUGCUUUCACGGUACCAGGUGGGUUUUACUCUUCUGAUGACCCAAUCACAAAACAGAGAGGCUUGGCACUUUUGACUCACCAAACACUAUUCAAGAUAUUCACGGCUUUCAACACAAUAGCUAUGUACAGCGCCACCAUUGGUUCUGCUAUUCUUCUCAAGGUCCCGCUGGGUGAUCUUCGUUUUGCAGAAAGAGCGUACGGACUCGCUAAGAUUUUUGUUUAUGUUGCUCUUACAACCAUGCCUGUGGCAUUCCUAGCUGCUAUACGUUUGGUUAUCAGCAAUAACACUUUGCUUGCAGAUGUCAUUAGUGUCAUUGGAUUCAUCUCCAUUUUCUUCAUCAUAUUUGUUCGCAUCUUAGGAAGGUUUCCUUUUGGAUGUCGUCUUCCCAUUGUUCGUCAACUUGGAGAUUUCUUUAUAUGGAUUAUUCUUAUUUCAUUUUAUGGUAGCAAUGACAUUUUUGUUGAAGAAGAUGUUGAAAGUGAUCGAGAGUCUCAAGAUGAUGAAGCCAACCAAAUCAAUCCAGUCCGUAAAUAUUAUUCCCUACUCUCUCGUUUUGUUGCUUUCCAUCUUCCUCGCUUCGGUUUGCCUCUAUCUGCUGUGCGCAUGUAGGAGCCUCUGAUGAAGGGUGACAGCUGUUUUGAUUUGUUACUUUCGUUACUGUUUUGUU